ACAAUGUUCACAAAACAGAUGCGGCUGCAAACAAAACAAAAUAUUGUGUGAAACUUACUGGUUUUGUAGCCAGAAUGAGUGUUAUAUGGAAUACAUUUGGAUUUAAUUUGGUUUAUUUUAAGUCGAAAUGAAGUUUAAAUACUUUGUCCUGUGUGCUAUUGGGUUGACAACCUUAAGAGCGACGAUUUCUGCAGUGUCCUUCUACGGUGAGAGCUAUGUCCACAUCCCCUACAAUGCCGACCUACGACAGACCGAUAUUGAGCUGCGAUUUAAAGCCUCCCGACCGUACGGUGUGCUCCUGUUGCUGGCGGGAUCCUCACGAGACUUCCUGCUCCUACAGCUGCAUGCUGGGACUGUACAACUGAAGGUCAAUUUUGGAAGUGAGGACACAGUUCUUGACCUGGGACGGCACAGAUACGAUGACCUUCAGUGGCACACAGUCAAGGUCACAAGGUCGUCUGAGGUCAUCAGCAUGGUGGUGGACGAUUCCACAACAGUGCGUGAACGUAUCCUUGGAACCUACAGGGAGUUGAACAUGAACAUGGGGAUCUACCUGGGGGGAGUGGAUGUAAAAGCAAACGAGUUAUUUAAACAUGAAUUGAAACACUUUCGCGGAACAUUCAGCACUCUAACUUUGAAUGACCUUGACCUUGUUGAAAUGGGAAAAAUUUCUUGGGACAUAGAUCCGAUAUUUAAUGCGCCUAGGGAUAGUCCUAUCUCACUUACAUCUGACACUUCAUUUGUUUCUUUUUCACACAUUCAUCCCACCAAUGAACGAACAGUGUCCUUCUUAUUGAAAACAGAGUCACCAAAGGGAUUACUCUUGUACAGUUAUAUGAAUAUUGCGAAUGAAAAACAUUACAUAGCAUUAGAAAUGAUAAAUCAUCAAUUGAAGUUAACGGUUGGAAGAAACAAAACUGUGGUGAGUCUCAAAUCAGAAACAGUGAUAGAAAAUUGUUGGCAUCAGAUAGACAUCAGUGUGUCACCAACAUAUCUAGAACUAGUUGUUGAUGGGGAGAAGUACUUGAAGCAGCUCAGUGAAAAGCUCAGUGCCAUUUAUGGUGGAACCGUCUUCGUUGGGGGCCUCAGUCAAAGUGCUAGAGCUGUUGCCAGAUACGAUGACCUUGAAUCUCUGCAGGCCAACAACAGUAUCAAAGGCAGUGUAAUUGGCUGUGUGCACAAGUUGAUCAUCAACUCAAGGGCAUGUUCUCUGCAGGACAUUUACGCCAGUCGUCUCAUCAGCACUGAUUGCGGCGGCAGCGAUGAUUGUCACAAUGGCCGCUGUGGGAUUGAGCCCCCUGGGUCAGCGUCUGCAGAGUUCACUCCCCAUUCUGAUUCCAACCGUGAGGAGUUCCAGCUCCUUGCUGUGAACCCUGUGAUUGUGAAUGAGGGUGCAGAGACUGUCCUUACAACUGACAAUAUCGAGAUGGUAUAUGAUUAUAAAAACUAUGGCAUCAGGGAGUCAGGUAUAAUAUUUUAUGUGGCUAAGAAGCCCAAAUUUGGGGAAAUUGAGGUUGAUCUUGGGCGAAGAAGAAAUGGUGAUGUGUUUACUUACCUGGAUAUUACUGGUCAAAAGGUGAAGUACAAGCAUUCAGGAUCUGAGCAUGUUUAUGAUGAAAUUUUAAUUGAAGUGGAAUUUGUUAUAAGCACUAAAGCAAGUGACGACUUUCCAGAGAGGCUGCAGCAGAAGUAUGACUUUGUUCUGCCAGUGAAUGUCAAGCCUACGCAAGAUGCCCCAGUUAUUGUCCUUGGUAACAACGGUGUUCUAAAAAUCAUUGAGAACACUAAAGUUCUCAUAGGCCCAGAAUUUUUACAUGCCGAUGAUUCCGAUAACCCUUCAAACGAACUUGUGUACAGUGUAACUCAGCGUAGGAAUCAAGGAUAUUUUGAACGCAGUGGCCAGAGUGGAAUACCCACUACAUCAUUUACGCAGGCGGAAAUCAACGACCAUCGUAUCUGGUUCCUUCAUAUUGGGACGGAAAACGCUGAAAUAAGCCUCAACGUAACCGAUGGCAUAGCCUCCAGCAGCCCUGUAACCAUCUAUGUUCAAACGGUUACACUGAAUCUGACCGUGUUGAAGAACACCGGCAUUCUGUUACCACAUAACUCAUUCUCGUUGAUAACAAGGGAGAACCUGACGACGGUGAGCAAUGCACCCAGCCAGGAGGUGGAGAUACUGUAUGAUGUUCGGAAGCCACCCAGGUACGGUGUCAUUGAGAAGCAGCAACAGUUUGCGGAGGGCGAGUGGCAGGAAACCGGAACAUUUGCCCAGCGACAUAUUGACAAUGGCCAUAUCAGGUACAGAGCUCUUGACCAUGCCGUUGGACGAACAUCGGACGAGUUCAUGUUUACAGUGAAUGCAAAAAGCUACACAACUCCUUUCUCCUUCUUCCGAAUUCAUUUUGAGCAGAUUUACCUGAGAGUAGAGGAGCGUCAAUUGUCCUUGAUGCACAAAUCAUACGCAGCUUUGUCCAAUGAGAACCUGAAAGCCUACACAAACAAUCCCCAGCUUCGCCCUGAAAAUAUCCAGUAUGAACUGGCCCGACCACCGAGCAUGGGCAACUUUUACAGGAUGGACUUACAACAGUUUACAAGACAUAUGGACUUUGCUAACUUGACACCCCUGUCAUACGGGGAGUCAUUCACACAGCAGGAUAUUAACAGUGGCAGUGUGUACUACAAUCUGAAGGCAAGUGCUUAUGAAAAUGUGAAGGAUUUUACGGACUUGAGAGUAAGCACGCUUGGAACAUCUGCAAAAAAUGUGCGCUUGUGGAUUGAAUUUGUUCCCCAGAAAAAUGAUGUUACAUUUGUCAACAAUGGUUUGAAGGAUGUCAUCGAAGGAGGUCGAAAAUACAUUGACAGGGAUGAUUUGUAUUUACAAACUGACAAGUUCCGUGUGUUUGAAUUCACAGUUAUAUCUCGGCCUCACUAUGGUGUGCUUCAUCUAAUAGAUCCUAGGUCGGCAGCCAUUGUUUCACAUGAUGUUGGCAAAUUCACCACAGAUGACAUUAGAGACACCAGACUGGUUUACCAGCACGACGACUCGGAACAUGGUUCAGAUUCAUUCACAUUCACUGCAGUGCCGGAUAUUUCUAAAACCAGUCCAUCUCAUGGCAACAUUCCUGAGUUCACUGGAACCUUUGAUAUCCAGAUGCUGAUGAGGAAUGAUAACCCACCAGAGAGAAAGGUGGACAAAGUGUUCACAGUGGAGAGAAAUGGCCAAAAACUGUUGACAAUCCGUGACUUAGCUUUCAUAGAUCCUGAUAUAGAUUAUGAUCCAUGGGAACUCUUGUACACAAGACGGAGGGUCUCAAACGGUCAGUUUAUAAGUGCAAGAAAUGGCUCCCAGAUCUAUCAGUUCAAACAAGUAGACUUGGUGAACAAUGAGAUCAUGUUUAAACAUUCUGGUGAAGAUAUUGGCAGAGCUGACAUUGCUGUCACAGACGGUCAGUUUUAUUCCAAUUGUAUGAUGCAAAUACAGGCCGGAGAACCUUUUAUACAAAUUGAUACAAACACUGGAAUUAAAGUUAGAAAUGGUCGAAGAGAAAAGGUGACUAUUGGGAACUUAAGCAUCGAGACUAACAUGAAUCUCGCAGACACUGAAGUUCAUUUUGUAUUGUUUGAGGGACCAAGAAAUGGUUUUCUGGAAGUGGAUGGAGUUAAAGUGGAUGAAUUUAUUUUCAAAAAUUUGAAAAUGCAAAACUUAGUUUAUAAGCAUAAGGGGAAAUCUAAUGAAGAGGAUUAUUUUGCUUUUACUCUCAUUGCUAAAGAUAUUCAAGUCAACGGCAACUUCUCCAUUCAGAUAUUGUUAGAAUCGUCUCAGAUACCACCUAGGGUGGUAAAUAAUCACGUUUUGGAAGUGUUUGCUGGAAGAGAAAUGACAGUGAUAGAAAAAAGACACCUUUUGGUAACUCACUCUGACAGCUCAGAGCAAGACUUGGAAUUUUUAGUUCUUGUUUUACCCAAAGAAGGCAGUCUGUUAGUUGGAAACGAAAAACUUACAGCAGAUGGUGAAAUGACCUUUACUCAGGCAGAUAUUAACAAUGGUAAUUUGAAAUAUAAGCCAGAAACUAUGACUGCAACAUCAGAUCAGUUUGUGUUUGAAGUAUCCAACGGCCUUGAGGCACUGAGAGGCCUGGAAUUCCUGAUUAAUAUUGUGCCGUAUUCUCUGUCAAUGUCGGUACAGAAUUUCACUGUGAUCGAAGGGGGCCAGAAAGCACUUUCCACACAGAUUAUCACUGUGGACACAAAAUUAUCUCAGAACCAGAGUCUGGUCUUUUCCGUUAAACAUCCACCAACGUUUGGGAGGAUCGAGGCUACAACUAGGAGAGGUGAAGCUGUGACCUCAUUUACUGCUACACAGCUGAGCAGGCAAGAGGUGUGCUAUGUUCAUGAUAACAGCGAAAAUAAGAUGGACCAAUUCAGUGUAUGUGUUAAAGAAAGGCUGGAGUCAUACGAAAGUGAGACGCAGACAGUGUACAUUUCAGUGGAGGGAAUAAAUGACGAAGCCCCUAUUGUGGUCAGGAACACUGGUUUGACAGUAUGGCGUGGAUCCAUGACUAAGAUAACUGCACAGAACCUUUUAGCGCUGGAUGCAGAUAACUCGGCGGCUGAGUUGACGUACCUGAUUUCCAAGCCAACCAAUGGCCAUGUUGCUUUACUGAACAACACGUUCAAGGGUCUGAUUAGCUUUAGGCAGGCAUGGGUGGACGAUGGGCAACUGGUGUUUGUGCAUAAUGGGUCAAAUGACGGGAAGUUCACCUUCGAAGUGAGUGAUGGACCAAACAAAAGCAAUAGGUCAGAUUUCUUGAUCAUUGCCAAGCCUCUUGUUCUCACCUGUCAGGUGCAUGAGUUACUCCACGCCUACCCAAACACCCUACAGCCAAUCACGGCACAGCAGCUGAUGACUUCAACCAACGACGCAAAUCAGACCAAGCCCAUAAUAUACAUGAUUGUGUCUGAGCCUAAACAUGGUUCUUUGGUCAGCCUGGAAGAGGGUGUGGAGGUGAAAGUGAAGUCAUUUACGCAGAAGGACAUCAACUCAUCCCUGAUCUACUACAAGCACUCUGGUUCCCUCCAGGGCUGGACACAGAACGACAGCAUUGAGUUUCAGGUGAACACGCUGUAUGCUGAACCACUCCGGGACCUUGUAUUGGAUGUCUAUGUGUCCUAUGGAAACCUGAAUGCUGAGAAUAAAAAUCAGCUCAUAAAGACAUCCCCCAUUAAGGUAGAUGAAGGCGGUGAAAUGAUUGUGGCGAAAAAUAAUUUAGAUGUCACUGAAUUCAUAAGGAAUCUGGAAAGACUCGGAAAGCACGCCAGUCUGAGGUUUUCAUUAAAGGAAGGACCAAAACAUGGGCAAUUGUUGUACAGCGGAUCAAAACUGAACUACACCACCAGGUUUAGACAGUGGGAUAUAAAUUCGCACAAACUCAUCUACAAGCAUGAUGAUUCAGAUACGGUAGCCGAUGCUUUCUUUCUUAACUUGCAUCUUCGGAUAGAGGAGGAUACAUUAGCCCAUUCUAGUGACCAGGAAACCAUGUUUGGACUGGUUUUAAAUGUUACUGUGAAACCUGUCAAUGAUGAGACCUUUAGACUGGUUACUCGUCGUCCCAGUUUGAAUAUUGUCCAGGGAUUUUCAGCAGUUAUAGACCAGUCUGUGCUCUAUGUGACUGACAACGACACUACCCCUGAAUAUCUUGUGUAUGAAAUAUUUAGCGAAGCUAACAAUGGAUAUGUGGCUUAUGUUCAAAACAUGGAGAGAAAAAUAACAUCUUUUACCCAACAGGAUGUGAACAAAAGGAGAGUUAUUUUUAAGCAUAAUUUUCAUUCGGGUUCAGGCAUUUUCUAUUUCAGAGUAUCAGAUGGCAGAGAUCCUUUCAUUGACUCUUUUACCAUAAACGUGUCAAGUAUAUUUGUUCACAUUACCAAUAAUGACACCAUCCAGUUGGUUCAGUCAAAUACGUCAGUUAAAAUUUUACAGGAUAAUUGUAAUGUUUCCACCAAUGGGCUAAGAGACAAAGUUGUGUAUAUUGUUACAAGACAGCCACGGUAUGGAAGAAUAUACAUCAACGGAAAGAAUUCACAAAAUUUUUCUCAGGCGGAUGUUGAUGAAAAUCGUGUGACCUACUUUCAGAUUGACAAGAAGUUUGGGUCAGAUCUGUUUGAGUAUUCGCUCCUUUACAUUCAUGAUCAGUACUCGAAGGUGACAUUUUACGAGGGUGUUGUAUCCCAUAUACAGGUCACCCCUCUGGUAAAGAUGAGGGCUCUUGAAGCUCCCAAGGGUGAGAGAGUGGCCAUCACUCUGCUAAGUCUCGAUGCCAGUGUCUUAGCGGAACGCACUGGCGAUGACCCCGUGUUCACAGUACAGUCAGGGCCAUUUCACGGACAAAUUAUCAAAACUUCGCUCACCAAAAGACAGCUAUAUACAGAAAGCUAUGUUGAAGGCAAACCCUUCAAGGCUGUAAAGGUAUUUAGUCAUGAGGAUGUGGUGUACAUGAAAGUGUUUUAUAAAAGUGACAUACACAAUACAAGGCAGUUUGUACAAGAUAAUUUCACAUAUGUGUUGACCUCGUUCGAUGCUCAGCCAGCCACUGGAGUUUUCUAUGUUGGUCUGGUUCCUUCAGAGAGUAUACCUAUUGUGCCAGUGACAAAUUCUCCAGGCAAGGAUGUUAAAACUGACUCCUAUAACACUGUGCCCCAUAUGGAGGACACAGAGGACAUGUCCAGUGGCAAUGACACUUUGGCACCUAGUCGUCUGAAACAUGAUCAUGUUAUCAUUCUAGCUGUUUCAGUUCCAUUAAUAGUAGUUGUCGUUUGUAUCAUAGUCUUGGUGUAUUUUGCAUGGAGAAGCCGACGAAAACAGGAAUACACGCCUACUUCUAAGAAGUCUCCACGACUGCGGCCGAACAUCAGCGGGCCCUAUCAGAUUGAGCAGCCUCAUGUUCACAUUGAACCACAGACACAGGCUGAUCCUGACUCUGAGGACAGUCAUUCAUUAAUCGUAGAGUACGAAAACACACAUCACAUUCCUAAUUCCAGCAGAACACAGUCUGAAGACGGGGAUGUCAUAAUGCCAAUGUCCAUGUCCUUGCCAUCAGCUAGUUUAUACGCAAGUGUGUGCAAGACGCCACGCUCGCCCGAUAUAUCGCGAACAGUUGUGAGUAGCACUGUUCCGACCUGUAAAGUAACCCCCCUUGUUAGCACUUCGCCAGGGGGAGGGGAGGAGUUAGAAGGGGCUGUUGGGGGCUGCAUUAGUGACAGCAAUUCCUUGGGGAGCAUGAGUGAGAUGAUAGACUGGAUAACCAGCGACCCAGAACUGUUAGAGCACUGUAGAUCAUCUAGUCCACCUGUGUUACGUAAUAGUCAGUACUGGGUCUGAGGGCAUUGGGUGGGUAGCUAUGUAAUGUAAUUCUUAGAAGAUGGAUGGUAUAUUUGUGUGCUAAUUAUGUUUUGUAUGGUUUAUUAGUCUUUCGGCCUUAUAAUUGUGUUACAACUCUGUAAAAGGAAAAUGUCUCAAAUUAAUUGUUUACAGUGUGAGACUAAACUUUUGUUGUGGCAGAUUGUUGAUUGAAAUGUUUUGUUUCUUUUGAUUUGAACAAUAAAUGAUGAUGUAAGUGCAUUUGGAGAUUUAUUGGAAAUAACAUGCAUUUUCCUAAACGGAUCUAGUUUUUGGUGUGAUUGUAAUUUUUUGGAUAUUUGAUGUUUUUAUUUUUAAGGAGUCCAAUUUUUUGCAAAACACAUUCAUUAUGCCUGCGUUAUUCUAUAUGAUUUGAUAUUCUCUAAAUCAAAGGAAGUAAAUCUUGGUUGUGUAGUAUUUGUUAUUUACAUUGGAUCAAGUAAAUUAUUCCAUCUGUUAUAGACACGGAAAAUACUUUAACUAUCUUUCAGCUGUGGAUUUGAUUUACAAUUUAUCACAAUAAUGUGUGCUAAUGUGUGAAUUUGUUUGUGCUGUUUUUGUGAUUUUGAACAAUGCAUAUUCUCAAGUUAAUUGAUAAUAUUUGUUAAGGCAGUUGAUUUUCAUUGGUUGUACAAUUUGGUCAGUAUUUGUAUAUAGAAAUUGUUAAGCAAACUUAUUUAAACUGGGAUCACUUUUUGUGUACAUUUUUUAAAUAUAUAUAUUGGUUUGUAUCGAGUGAAAUUUAUUUAUAAGUUCAGAAAAAUGAUAUUGUUUUGUAUCUUGUCUUGUCUUGUCUUGUUUAGCUAGAGACUUAUGCAGUAAUUUUUGCUACAUGUAUAUUGCCACAAUUUUUAGCUCACCUGAGCACGUUCACCUGAGCACAACGUGCUCAUGGUGAGCUUUUGUGAUCAGCCUUUUGUCCGUCGUCCGUUGUCCGUCGUGCGACGUCAACAUUUGCCUUGUUCACUCUCUUGAGACCACAUUUAUUGUCCAAUCUUCAUGAAAUUUGGUCAGAAGAUUUCAAUGAUAUCUUGAAUGAGUUCGAAAAUGGUGACGUUUGCUUGAAAAACAUGGCUGCCAAGGGGCUGGGAAUUUUUCCUUAUAUGGCUAUAUAUGGCUAUAGCAAAAUCUUGUUAACACUCUAGAGGCCACAUUUAUUGUCCGAUCCUCAUAAAACUUGGUCAGAAGAUUCAUCCCAAUAAUAUCUUGAACGAGUUCGAAAAUGAUGUCAGUUGGUUAUAAAACAUGGCUGCAAGGGGGCGGGGCAUUUUUCCUUAUAUGGCUAUAGUAAAACCUUGUUAACACUCUAGAGGCCACAUUUAUUUUCCGAUCUUCAUGAAACUUGCUUCAGAAGAUUUGUCCCACUGAUAUCUUGGAUGAGUUCAGAAAUGGUAACCUUUGCUUGAAAAACAUGGCUGCCAGGGGGUGCGGCAUUUUUCCUAAUAUGGCUAUAUAUGACUAUAGUAAAAUCUUGUUAACACUCUAGAGGCCACAUUUAUUGUUCAAUCUUCAUGAAACUUGGUCAGAAGAUUCAUCCCAAUAAUAUCUUGGAAGAGUUCGAAAAUGAUGCCGGUUGGUUGAAAAACAUGGCCGCCAGGAGGCGAGGCUAUUUUCCUUAUAUGGCUAUAGUAACCCUGGUUAACACUCUAGAGGUCACAUUUAUUUUCCGAUCAUCAUGAAACUUGGUAAGAAGAUUUGUCCCAAUGAUAUCUUGGAUGAGUUUGAAAAUGGUUUUGGUUGCUUUAAAAACAUGGCCACCAGGGGUGGGGCAUUUUUUCCUUAUAUGGCUAUAGUAAAACCUUGUUAACACUCUAGAGGCCACAUUUAUCGUACAAUCUUCAUGAAAUUUGAUCUGAAGAUUGGUCUCAAUGAUAUCUUGGAUGAGUUUGAAAAUAAUUAUGCUUGCUUGAAAAAAUGGCUUCCAAGGGGCGGGGCAUUUUUCCUUAUAUGGCUAUAGUAAAAUCUUGCUAACACUCUAGAGGCCACAUUUACUGUCCGAUCUUCAUGAAACUUGGUCAGAAGAUUCAUCCCGAUCAUAUCUUGGACGAGUGAAAAAAUGAUGCCAAUUGGUUGAAAAACAUGGCUGCCAGGGGGCGGGGCAUUUUUCCUUAUAUGGCUAUAGUAAAACCUUGUUAACACUCUAGAGGCCACAUUUAUUUUCCGAUCUUCAUGAAACUUGGUCAGAAGAUUUAUCCCAAUAAUAUCUUGUUAUCUCAGGUGAGCGACUUUGGGAUUUUCAGGCCUUCUCGUUUUUUAACAGACCUAUACGAUUUUACAGAGAUUACGCUUAUAUAAUGAAUAAUUUUCAAAUUUCACAAAUAUUCUUUGUAGUCUUUUUAUACUGUUUUACAUUAUCUUUUAACUAUUAAUUUGUAAAGUUUUUUUUGUUUGUACAAUUUAUAUGUUAUAGUAUGCAAUAUUCUGAGUACAUAUGUGCCAUGAAUCAGUUUUAAUGUGGGCAUAGCUAGUCCUUUUAGACAAUUGAGGGUAAAUCUAAAUUACUUACAAAGACAUAUGUGUAAAUAAAAUUGUAUUUUUAUGCCCCCCUUCGAAGAAGAGGGGGUAUAUUGCUUUGCUCAUGUCGGUCGGUCGGUCUUUCGGUCCGUCCACCAGGUGGUUGUCAGAUGAUAACUCAAGAACGCUUGGGCCUAGGAUCAUGAAACUUCAUAGGUACAUUGAUCAUGACUCGCAGAUGACCCCUAUUGAUUUUGAGGUCACUAGGUCAAAGGUCAAGGUCACGGUGACCCGAAAUAGUAAAAUGGUUUCCGGAUGAUAACUCAAGAACGCAUACGCCUAGGAUCAUAAAACUUCAUGGGUAGAUUGAUCAUGACUCGCAGAUGACCCCUAUUGAUUUUGAGGUCACUAAGUCAAAGGUCAAGGUCACGGUGACCCGUAAUAGUAAAAUGUUUUCUGGAUGAUAACUCAAGAACGCAUACGCCUAGGAUCAUGAAACUUCAUGGGUAGAUUGAUCAUGACUCGCAGAUGACCCCUAUUGAUUUUGAGGUCACUAGGUCAAAGGUCAAGGUCACGGUGACCCGAAAUAGUAAAAUUGUUUUCGGAUGAUAACUCAAGAACGCAUACGCCUAGGAUCAUGAAACUUCAUAGGGAAAUUGAUCAUGACUCGCAGAUGACCCCUAUCGAUUUUCAGGUCACAAGGUCAAAGGUCAAGGUGACCCGAAAUAGUAAAAUGAUUUUCGGAUGAUAACUCAAGAACGCUUUUGCCUAGGAUCAUGACACUUCAUAGGUACAUUGAUCGUGACUCGCAGAUGACCCCUAUUGAUUUUCAGGUCACUAUGUCAAAGGUCAAGGUCACAGUGACAAAAAAAGUAUUCACACAAUGGCUGCCACUACAACGGACAGCCCAUAUGGGGGGCAUGCAUGUUUUACAAACAGCCCUUGUUUAUUUGAGCGAGGCUCAAGGAAAAUGGGCCUAAUGCAUGUGCAUUGUGUCGUCCCAGAUUAGCCUGUGAAGUCCUACUAGCUAAUCAGGCAUGGCACUUUUCCUUUUCAAGAAAUUUUUUGUUCAAAGGAGGUUUCUUUUAAAAAAAAGGAAGAGUCAUCUCUGAUUAGUCUGUGUGGACUGCAAAGGCUAAUCUGGGAUGACACUUUAUGCACUUGCAUUAAACCCCAUUUUGCCAAAGAGAGGCUCAUUAAAAAAAAAUAAUUAAAUGAUAUUGCAUGAUGGUAGAGCUGCAACAGGUAACUCCAUAAACUUCAUUCAUACAAGUUGCAUGUUGCCUUGUACUUAGAUUUUUUAGUAAUCUGGAAACAAAAUUUCCAUUAUUUAUUAUAUAAGCUAGGACUCACUUCAUAAGUAAGCUUAUGGUACUUUUGUGAAAUUGGAGUGUGUUAUUGGAUACAUUUAAACUUAAAAAAAUUAAUUACGUGUAUGAAUGUUAACUUGAAAUUUAAUGUAAUUUCCAAGUUAAUAUUAAAUAAAUGUUUUUAUUUAAGAUAUUAUUACAUAAUCUCUUAACCAUAUUAAUAAAUUAUCUGUAAGCCAUUAUUAACAUAUCAAAAGUGUAUCAACUAAACAUAGACACAAUAAAUGCUUAUAAUGUGGUAUGUUUACAUGAAAUUUUCAGCAAUGAAGGGGUUGUAACAGAAAGCUCUGCUCUUUCUCAUCUGUCAAGAUAUCAAAUCUACCGGUACCCAAGAUAUGUCAACACUUUUAAUGAAAGAACUUAUAUGUUCAGCCAAUCCAUUCCAUCCUGUGUUUAGCUACUUUGUCAUUCCUUUAGGAGAGGAAGGGUUGGCUAUGGCAAUGUGUCAGCACCGUUGUUGGAUCUUGUCUUGAACACACUUCUGUGUUUGUGGAGUCAAUCAUAAGAGUAGGGCCUCUAGGAGUUUUUUUUAAUCUUCAUAACUUGCUUGUGGUAACCCAUGGAAUGUUACUGAACAGCAUGGACCCAACUCUUCUAAGGGUAACCCAUGGAAUGUUACUGAACAGCAUGGACCCAGCUCUCCUAAGUCCAAUAACAUCCGAACUCUGUUUUUGUCUUAAACUUUCCGUUAAUUCUAAAAACAAUGAAUUGAUCAUGAUAAAAGCUACUGACAUUUGUAUAUAUCUGAUAGAUGUAAACCCACUUUUAAUUGUGUAGGGUUAAAUUUGUAAUUAAGCUCUUUAACAACAAUUAUUACUUGUAUUACUCACAAUAUCAACUACUGACUUUGUGUAAAUGUGCUAGAUUUAUUGUACUUAUUUAUGAAAUUAUUUAUCUUCACAUUUUGAAUAUUUGUGCUGAAUUCACUUUAAAAACCGGAAAUAUAUUUAGUUUAACAAACAAACUUGCAUUUAUAAUCACUUUAAAAAAUGUUGUUCAGGUAAAGAAAAUGACAAUAUCCAAUAUUUGGAAAGGCCUUCAGCCACUCCAGAUAUAUUGGGAGUGUUUUGUUCUCAGUUUGGCCUGUAGUCAAUGCUUUAUAUAGUAUGAAUAUACCAGAACAAAAAUGGGUUUAAAACCUACACAGUAGUGGUAUGUUAUGAUGUGUGCAUGAUAAUAGAUUUGGUAGGUAACAAAUCAACAAAUAAUGUCUGUUAAACUUCCACUGUAUUGCAGUUUAGUUAUUGUGCAUUAAUAAAUAGAUCUGGUAUCUGAUGAAGUGAACAAAACAUGUUUUAAAUCAUCUUUGUCUUGUUACUCCAUACAUGUCCAUUAUAAUUAUAUCAUCAGAUGCACUUUUUUAAUGCAUUCUUUUUAUCAUAAUCAUUGACAUCAUUUUUCAGUCAUAUUUUAUCAUUCUUUAUAAUAUGUUGUGAUCUAUAAUGCACAAUGUUUAACCUAUCAUUGAUUCAUUCAUUCAUCAACUUUUAUCUACACACUUUCAUUGUUAUCUGCAUCGAUGCAGUUAUCAUCAAUACCACUACACAACUUUUGUUGACAGCAAACAAAAUGCGGUCAUGUAUGUUCUUGAAUCAUUGUAAUUGUAUAAUAUAUGUGCUCUUGUUUACAUGUACAAUGUAUCAGCAACAUUACUAAGUUAUGCAUGUACAAAAAUCACCAUUGCAUAAUAACAGUACUUAUUAUCAUUCCAUUACAAAUUAUCAUCAUUGUUGAUAUUUAACAGCUUGUGAAAUUGUGGCGUAUGUGUUAUUACCCAUAUACUGUUAAGUAGUCGUGUUAACAUUUACGUUAAAAUCAAAUACAAAUGUGCCAUUAUACUUAAGUAUCAACAAGCCUAAACCUGCGUUUGCAUGUUUGGAAAUCAUAGUUUUCAGUACUAUAUUUAACAGAAAUCGAGAAAGCCAUGAUUUAUCUGAACUGUAGUCAUAUUAAGGGACAUUAACAAUAAUGGAAUCUAUAAAAAUAGCAACACUUUGAUGCAGAUAGUGAAGGAGGAACAACAUUAAAUUGUUUACCUCCAGAUGCUCAAAAGAUGUUAUAAAUUCAAAAAUAUAAGUUUUUUAAUAUCUUUGUUGAUCCUUUUAUAGCUAAUUUGUAGCGUUAGUCUUAAUUUAGCAGCAAGAAAACAUCAGGAUUUUCUGUCGUCACAGAACAGGUUGAGAUUUAUUGCUUUUUGACCUGAUUGUAAGGGUGAUUUUAAUGUGCAUAAUUCUGUAUUAAUAAUAUAUUCAUGUUAUUUGUAUGAUCAUGCCUUCAUUUUAGUGUCAUAAUAAAAGAUGUACGGUAUGCACUUGUUAAAACUGAUUAAAUGAUAAAAUACACAAAAAUA